UGUAUUGUUUUCUCGAUUGAUAAACAAACGAACAUCUUCUUGACUGUCAUUAACAUUGACGUAAUCGAUAUUGCAAUGGAUAAUCAGCAAGUGUUGUUUAAUGUACAUAAACGCAACAUCAUUGAAAAAGCAGACCGAAAUCGGCAUCGACGAAGAGCGUGCGCGUUGCCUGCCAUGUGAACUCGAAUAUCGUUUAUCUUGUGUUACGAUUGCCGGCUGCGUGGCGUCGAAUCUUGAGGCGCCGCGACGCCAGUCUGUAUUCAAGUGAUUCCUUGAUGGGAAACAGAGGAACUAGUCGUGCUCGCUGAUUUCGCGUUUUUUCAUUUUCUGUUUCUAUUUUUCUAUUAAAUCACGUCAUUUUUUUGAGAGCUAAACUAGGUGCAAAACAGUUUUUAUAUGUUUUUAAAAAAGAAACUUAAGUGUUGUAUGGAAGCGCAAAUUUGUCGUGCUUCUAAAAUUACGUACACGUUAAUACUAGAGGAGGUGGAAGCACUUGUACUGGGUGGUACAGUAUUAGGAGAACCGCUCAAAGUGGAAAAAAUCGGAGAAACAUACUUGCCAUAUUCUCUCUUUUUUGAAUAUAUCAACGGUUUGGGAACGUCUACGUUUGCCCCGGGUACUUACAAUCUUUUUAAACAUAACUGCAAUAGCUUCACAAACGAAGUCAGUAAUUUCCUAGUGGGCCAAGAUAUUCCGAAAUAUAUUCUCGAUUUACCGGAAGAAAUACUUAAAACACCAAUUGGACAACAGGUUGGAGGUCUUAUAGAAGGUUUAUCUAAUAAUUCAAAUAAAUCAUAUAUAGUUGGUCAAACAUUCCUUGAAUCAAGAAAUCAUAGAGAAGUUUCGCCGGAAUUUCAGCUCUUAAAUGAAGCUAUUGAAGAAGCAAGAUUAAAUUCAAUUGCAUUAGAAGAAAGGAGAAACGAAAUUAACGAAAAACUCGCGAAGAAAGAUAGAAAGAAAAAAAAAAAGAAGAAGGACAAAAGGCAAAAAGGAAGUAAAGAUAGUGCAAGCGAUAGUAACAGUACCGGUCCUAGUAAUUAUACACAUAUGGCAGAAAGCGAAAGUGCAGUAAGUUUGAGCGAAAUGCAGGCUUCGAAUGGCGAGAGUACAGAAGUAUUACCAUCGGACAGAAUUAUGCAAAUGGAGGAAGAGGAAAAAAAAGAACAAGAAGAAAGAAAACGUCAUCGUGAUCCUCCUAUUGUAUUUAAGAAUGUAAUAGAUAUCAAAGAGGAAUAUCAAGCAUUAAUCAAAGUGUUAGAAGGAAAAUUAAGUGAAGAAGAACGAGUGUGUUUAGAUGAGCUUCGACAAUAUGUUUUAGAGAACGAAGGUUCUUGGGCUCUCGGAGACAAUUUUUUAAAUUUCGUAGGGCGAAUUUUGUAUGAUAAAUCUUUGCUAAAUGAUGCAAGGAUAAAAUUAUUGAAUAUAUUAUCUGUUGCUGCGUUAAAAGACGAUGUAAUCCUUUUAUUACAUCAGGAUAGAAAAGAACAUAUAAUUAUGAAUUAUGCUUUCGAUAUUGAUCGUCAUCCCCAGGAAGAACAACUUCCUCUUGCACAAUUUUUGGCAAAUAUGUUCGAAAACCUUAGUAGUUCGGAAUGGUUAUUAUACAUAUCGGAAUGGCAACAUCAAACUCAAAAUAUAAGUAACAUAAGAGUGACGACUAAAGUCGCAGUGCAUUCGUUGCUUUCAAAUUCGAUUGACUUGCAGAUUCGUGGUGCCGCUAUUAUUCACAAUCUUGCCUGCAAGGAGAAAAUGAACAAAAGCAAAAAUCUACGGCGACUUUUACCAAAAGGCAGCAUUUCUAAGGUAUUCGAUGAUGUCGCUGUAGAAUUGACAAUGGCAUUGUUGCAAUACUUCAAUGGUAAUCCUGCUGAAGAACAGUUAUAUGCCUGUAUGAAGUCAUUGGCACGUUUUACACAAAUUAGUGGCCAAGAUGUACCACAACUUAUACAAAUGAUUGGACCAGAACCAAAUAAAUUUCGUGGAACGUCUGAGAGAAUUGACGAACAAAUCGAUCAGGUUAACAAGAAAUUGCGUUAAUAAAACGUAAUUCGAUACAAUUUUAUUAAUAAUAGAAAUCGUUAAAUUCUAAACGAUUAAUUGAGAAUGAUUAU